AUGGAAACGAUUUCCAGGAUAUCCUCGAUGCUGGAAACAGCUCGAGAGCUCACGUUGGAGGCUGCCCAGUCCGCUGCUAUCAACCGAACCUCAAGUACCGACUAUACUUCGAAAACAUAUACUCCCGCACACAUCAAGAAGCUUCUUGACAGCCGCCAUGAGCGGGAGGUCCUGGAUGGAAUGCGGAGGGUCAUUUCGUUGAUGUACCGCUCCGAACCCUCUCUCACGUUCUUUUCGGCCGUCGUUAAGAAUGUCGCUAGCGCCAGUCUCGAAGUCAAGAAACUGGUCUACAUUUACUUGGUUCAUCAUGCGGAGGCCGAACCGGACUUGGCGCUGCUGUCCAUUAACGCGAUUCAGAAGUCGCUGACUGACUCGAACCCGCAGGUGCGAGUCAUGGCCCUCCGCACCAUGUCUGGGAUUCGGGUUCCGGUGAUCAGCCAAAUCGUGUCACUGGCUAUCAAGAGGGGCUGUGGAGAUAUGAGCCCGCAUGUUCGCAAGGCUGCUGCGUUGGCUAUCCCGAAGUGCUACCGUCUAGAUCCGAAUACGCUGCCACAGCUCACGGGGUAUCUGUCAACUCUACUAGGCGACUCCCAGUACUUUGUUGUUGGCCCCGCAGUGGCGGCGUUCCUGGAUCUUUGCCCCGACGAGCUGGACCUGAUUCACAAGCCAUAUCGCAGUCUCGUCAAGAAGCUGGCUGAUAUGGAUGAAUGGGGUCAGCUGGCGACUCUCCGCUUGCUAACAUUCUAUGCGCGUAAAUGCUUCCCCCGCCGGACUCAAAAGGUCAAAUCAUCAGCACCUGUGGCGUUCUACGACGACGAGAAAAAUGAACAGGCAAGCCAGGACACCAGCGAGGAGUAUGAAGUGCAGGUGACAGAUCCUGACCUUGAGCUCCUACUUCGAGCCUGCAAACCUCUAUUGCAGAGCCGAAACUCGGCAGUCAUUGUUAGCGUUGUUCGUUGUUAUCUGUACCUUGCUUCGCCCGAUUACAUUGCCGAAGCAGUUGGACCACUUGUGGCGCUCAUGCGGACUCCGCAAGACAUGCAGCACAUCGCGUUGUUCAACAUUGUUGCCGUGGCCAUGAGAAUUCCCAAGCCAUUCGCCAAAUACACCGCGCACUUCCUCGUCCACGCUAAUGACCCGCCACACAUAUGGCGCCUCAAAUUGGAGGUCCUGACGAUUCUGUUCCCGCAUUGCGGAAAGCACUGGAAGGGUGUGAUAAUCAGCGAGCUAGAGCACUUCUCCAAGGGUACAGACCCUGAGCUAGUGCGAGAGAGCGUCCGGGCCAUCGGUCGUUGUGCGCAAGGGGAUACAAGCACCGCAGACAUGUGCUUGCGCAUUUUGCUGGGGCAGAUCUCCAGCUUGGACGGUAACCUUGUCUCAGAAUCAUUGACCGUCAUUCGUCACUUGAUUCAACAAGACCAAACCUCGCAUAAGAGCACAGUCUUACAGCUUGUUAAGAACCUUGGUACAACAACUCAUCCAGACGCACGAGCUACUAUCAUCUGGCUCAUCGGCGAAUUCGCCGGCGUUGAACCAGAGAACAAUAUCGCGCCUGACGUGCUGCGGAUAUUGAUCAAGGGAUUCGCAGAUGAGACGGAAAUAGUCAAGCAGCAGAUCGUGCUUCUGGGUGCUAAGGUGUACCUCCAUCACCUGUUGCAGAACCCACCAAAGGAGAAGCCAGAAGCACCUGCGCCGACAGAAACAGCCGAAAAGCCCACUAAAGAGUAUCCAAACGAAUGGGCUGAUAACGAAGACGAGGGCCAAGAGAAUGCCGACCAGUCUGCCAAAGAAGGGGAAGGGGAAUCCGAGCAACCAGAAGCAAAGGAAGAAGAAACGGAAGACCGAAUCACCCUCCUGUGGCGGUACAUACUCCUUCUCGCGCGCUAUGACACAUCUUAUGACCUUCGCGAUCGCGCCCGCCUUUACAAAAACCUCUUAGAAACGCCUUCGUCUGUACAGCUCGCCAACCUUCUCCUCCUCGCACCCAAACCCGUCCCCCAUGCUCCAAGCCCAUCUGAGACACGCAAGGAUCUCCUCAUUGGAUCUGCCACGCUAGUCGUGGGCCCGGAAGCAGGAUACCUCGGCCUACCAGGCUAUAGCAACUUGCCAGAUUGGGUGGUGCCCGGCCAGGAGCCCGAUCCUAGUCUCCGCAUCGAUGAAACAAAACCCGAUAUAUCAUCCACCACAACAACAUCGACCGCAGGUGAUCGUCUUGACCGAGCGCUACGCGAGCACCAGUCAACGGUUAUGCCGAAUCGCAAUCGCAAUGGUGCCUCGAUCGGUGUCGAUCCAGCUGGAAAGAAGACCCUUGACCAGUGGCUCCAGGAAGAAGAGGAAGAGGAAGAAACUGAGACAGAGUCCGAAUCGGGGUCCGAAGAAGAAACCGAUUCUGAGGAGGAAACAGACUCAGAUGAAGAGUCUGGCGAAUCUGGAUCUGAAGAGGACUACGAAGAAGAAACAGACUCUGAAACAGAAGCUGUGAAUAAAGAGGCCCGGCAGUUACUUGGUUGA